AUGUCUCGUGAAAUGAAGUCAUUGGAUUUUCCAGCAGGAUUCCCCUCCAGCUCAAAAGGCCAAGUCAACUCAGGAGUGGCUGCAAAAGAACAUUCCAGAGUUCAUCUCAGCCUCGGAUUGGCUCUGGAUCUGAACCCACUAGAUUGUCGGCAACGGCUCGAUUAUCGGGUCCAAACUGGAGAGGAUGGCAUGCCACAGAGCACACCCUACCUUGGAAACCCUCAAACAAUCUCUGGUUCGAACAGUUGA